AUCGUUAUAGAAGCAAUCAAGCUAUAAAUUCCAUAAUUCGUAGUCAUUAUGAUGCAACUGAUGCACAUCUGGACGACAAACGUGAUCUCGUAGAUCGGUGAAUCUUCGAUGACGAAGAAAACAUAAUCACUCAAGUAAGGCAAAGGCUCAAUACAAUCCAUUCAGGAGGGCACGACAGUACGACGACAAUGUUCAUCGCCAAGUGGUGGACCGCGGCGCCAAUUCGACGUGAUUUCGUCGAUCUUCUGAUUAUGGAUCUAACGUAAGCUCUGAGUCAGAGCUUUGGAAAAACAUGAAAUUUCUUGUAACUCCUCUUGAGCUGCAUAAUCAAGCACUGAUUGGACAAAGAAUGCAACAUAUCGUUCACACUCUUCGAUAAGACUCUCUUUUUUCACAUUAUUGCGGAGUAUGAUAGCCACCGAUGAUUAGUAUUGUCGAACGGAAUUCGAGUACUGAUUGCGGUAAAAGCAUCGUUACGGUAGCUGUUAGUUCAAGUUAAAGGCUCGCAGGGAUACCAUGGAGAACGACACCCGCAGCAAAGAUUCCCAAAGCUCAAUGUGGUCUGUGCAAAAAGGUACGACCACGAUGUUCAUCGCCGAAGUGCUGGGCACUGCGAUACUUCUGUUCAUUGGUUGCAUGGGUUCUUUAGGGACGAUGGGACCGAUAUUGCCACCGCCAUUACAGACAUCUAUGGCAUUCGGUAUGACUGUCAACCUUUUGAUUAUGAUGUUAGGACAUAUAAGCGGUGCGCAUUUAAAUCCCGCUGUCACCAUAGGGGCAGUUAUUCUUGGAAUUAAAACCAUUCCAACGGGUAUUCUCUAUGCAAUAGCACAAUUCAUUGGAGCUACUAUCGGAUAUGGAUUACUAAUGACAAUAACUCCGCCCGAGUUGUUCAAUGAUGGAUAUUCUAAUUCAUCGGUGGGCCAUUGUGUAACUGUCGUUCAUCCUGGAAUCAACACCACGCAAGCCAUUUUAAUCGAAAUUCUUUGUACGUCGUUCAUACUUUGCGCAGCGUGCGCUACUUGGGACCCAAGGUGCGCUCAUACAACAGAUUCCACGGCGAUCCGAUUUGGGUUCUCUGUUGUUGGCAUUUCACUCGCGGCGAGUCCUUACACUGGUUGUAGUAUGAAUCCUGCGCGUACUUUUGGCCCAGCGUUUUGGAAUGGGAAUUGGACGGAUCAAUGGAUUUACUGGUUCGGACCGACUGCAGGUGCUUUCCUUGGAACAUAUACAUAUGUGUAUCUGUUUGCGGAGAAAAAAGCGGACGUACAGGACCUACAAGAUCAUCUUAGGUAUAUAGAAAUGAAGUCGAUUAAAGCAUCGUUGCAAGAUAUACAUGCCAAAGAAGAAAAAAAUUUUAAGGAAGAAAAUCUCGUAUUAGUAAAGGGCGAGGAAGCUGCUUGAUAACCGUUAAGGUACGAUUAUUCAUUAUCGACCGUUAGCAACAGUAUUCCAUAAUAUCUAAAGUAGUUCAAUGACGCCACCACGGGUGUCGCUGCACGUUAAAGUAUAGCGUGCACUGUAUUUCCAUCAAUGUAUAUUGCAUUUAUCUCGUAUAUAUUUAUCUCAUCUUGUAUUAUUUCAACAAAAUUGACAUCACUUACUUACUAUGUAACAGUGUAAGUGUGAUUUAUAGAUUAAUUAUUUUAUGGUUAUGUAGUUGUAGGAUGUAUAAAUAAUGUAACGAUUUCUUUAAUUCAAAUUAUUUAAUAUUGCCGGAUGAUAUGAGAGUAACUUGUACUAAGUGAUGCAACAAUUCUCAAUAUGUCUAAUUUAAAAAUUCACAUAUUUAUAUACAAAAAAUAUAUUUAAGUUCAUUAAAAAAUCGAAAUGAGACGUAAUUUCUUCUAAGUAGGUACAUACAGUAUUUAGAGUGUCAGAGUAUCUUCCAAGUAUUUUUUAAUCAUACAGUUCAUACGAUUUCUAUUUAAAGCUAUUCUAUUUUCUCAAGGUGCUCAGCAUUUUCCUCAAUGAUCUGCUUUAAUGAACCAAUCUAAUCAAUGUAUGUACACACUAGACAAAUAACUACUUUAAGAAAGUAGUCAAGUGACGACGUGGAAAGGUUUAUUUCUGACAUGAAAAUUCUGCGCAGAUUCAUGUUCCACAAAUACGUCGUCACAAUUUGAAUCAAUAGGGCGGCUCUAGAAUUUUAAGCUCCAAUCACACUUGUGUUCUACGUCUUGGGGGUUAAAUUACUUACGGUGUAACAAAACACCUGCUUGCCAGUUGUGUAUUUUAUUUUCAAUUCACAAAUUGCAUUUGCAGUAUCUGAAGUUAUAAAAUUUCUUAGAAUUGGAAGCAUCAUUACCUUUUUAUUAUUUUAUUAAAGUAAAGUUGACGUGCAACGUGUCCCUGUAACCAUUUUAUCUAUGUAUAAUGAAUAUCAUACCAGUCUAGACGAAAAUGGAAACGUAAUGGAAACAAAUGUUUGUUUUUUCCGAGUUGCGCUUUAUUAUGUAAAGAUCAAUACGUGAAACGAGGUGACAAUCAUUGGGUAUAAACCUAUUAUUAGUUCUUCCACACAACGUCUUAAUACUUUUUUUCAUAAAAUAUACCGUCAGGAGCACCACUAAAUAACCACCAGUUAUAAACAUCCAAUUAUUUCACCAGAUUGAGGUGCCGUAUUAAUGAACGAAUCGAUUAUUUAAACAGUUAAUUUUUACUUUAAAGCUCUUUGACAAUAAAUUUUAUCAACGACUUGUUUUUAUGUGCAUCGCCACCCUAUAUGUAAACGGUAUCGGAUUUCUAACCGCAACAUGUUGUAAAAACAAAGAGGAAACACAAAACAGGGAGAUAGUUCUCAGGUUAUAGUAGCCGCAGCGGAAUAUGUAUUAAUCGUGUAAUGUAUAAUUUGGUCUAACUGUGCGUAUCUACGUAAGCUGUAAUUAAGGAAAUCUCCCAUAUAUUUCGACAUAGCUUUACGCGUAAUAUAUUUCCGAACAGUUCGUGAGAAUUUUACUUUUCCGAGAUCAGGGCUAAUUGCGCAUUUAAACGUUGUUCUACUCGUUCAAAAGGAACGACCCAAGAGUAUGUGAUCAAAAGCACAUCAUUACAAGUACUCUGGUACAUUUAUUAUAUACAUAUAGAUGGACGUUUCUCUCUUUUUCUAUUUUUCUAUACACACGCGUGCGCGUGAUACACACACACACACACACAUAUGUGAGUUUUAUUCUAUAUAUAUAGAAUAAAAUUCAACCGCUGCAACUAUCGAUUACCCGCUGCAUCCAUCCAUGGAACGUUCUGGAGACUGAGACUGGAGCAUUUGAAACACGUUGUUUCUGUUUUCAAUUGAUUCAUUUCUUCUAUUGUUAAUAAUAUUAUUUGUUUCUAUGAGAAUAAAAUCCAAAAUCUCAAUGACAGAAACCAAAUUUUUCUCCUUCUUGAUAAGCACGAUGUUAUAUAACAAAAUUGAAUCCCCAUAAUAUUUUCAAUCCUCAUUAUCGUUGCUAAUAUCAUGUAUAUGUGUAGUUGACGCGACGUUAAAACGUAUUAAAAGGUGAACUCGGUCGAUAAGAAGAUGGCCGCUAUUGCGUGCGACGCAACGGUUGAUAAAACAACGUUUGAAUGUUGAACAUCCAUAAUCAGCAAGGCGCACGAACACCACGGACGUGACAAUGCAUUAAGCCAUGCGAAGAUCAGUAUCGUUAACUAUAUGCUAGUUUUUAAAUAUAUCCGACGACUCAGCGGUUGCAUAGACAACGAUAUUAAAUUUAUAGUAUUCCAUACGAGUAUCGUCCGACUAUAUUAUACACACAUAUACAUGCGUAUAUGUAUAUAUCGAGUUGUUAAGCAGCUACAAAACCGUAUCAUUCCAGAAUGUUACGCAUUCGUGCACCUGAGAGAGCAAUGAAAACAUUAGGAGACACGCGGUCUGCAUCCAGCUGGAUACAUAUGUCGAUAGACAUAUUCCGGUUCUGUUCUUGCCCCUCCCGGUUGUGUGUGAAUUUAUCGCGAACAUCUGCUCAGCUUUAUGCUGCCGCUUCUAUGGCCAGGCUGCCUGGUAAUUUUCCUUUCAUCAUUCAACCCUUAAAAUUAUUCCAGUUUUCAUUAUUGUAUAUUACAUGUUUGAAAAGCUGCACAAAAGAUUUUAUAUCGUAGGGAUCUUGGCCACGAUUCUUAUUCCCAUGAAUAAACUUGCAUCAGUUACGCGCCCUUCAAGCAAGAUACUACGCAUUAGGUCAGAAGACGCAUACGAAAAAUCGAUAGAGCUACAGCUGUCACGUGAAGCCUGUAUUGCGCAAUAAUACGCGCCCUUUGCAUAAGCGUCGUUGGUUUUGGAAGGUCGUUGUGACACGUGAUUGAGUAAAUGCGAUAAAAUUAACACGUGAUUAACGUGUCACGUUACUUUUCCUGCCAUGAUCAACCUCAUUAACCUCAGAAUGCUGACCUGUAUCACGCUAUACAUAUAUGUAGCUCGUGUAUGUUUGCAAACAUGAUGCUAUUAUUGCGUGACAUGGGUCAGAGUUAUGACCGUGCCUCCGAAUUGUCUUAAAGUAACGAGCUUCUUUAUCCUCCUUUUAUUUACCUUUCUGUCCUACCGUAUCGAUGGAAUUCGUUUCUAGCAAACAUAUGUUUUGGGAUAACUACGCAGCUUUCAUGACGAAAUACGCCAUGUAACCUGGCCGGGAUUUUGCUUCAUUAACUGACCAUUGCUCUCCCCACCUUGAGAGUGACUUCACAGAACGAACUUCUGGUAUUCGCGCUCAAUGGAAAAAAUAGAUACUUAAUAUUUUCUAGAAAUGUGUGUUUUUCGAAAAUUGAUCAUAUAAGAUCACUUGUUGUAACCUGUCCCUUUGAUUAGCGAUUCAGCAGUAAUUCUGAUAAAGAUAUGCACCGAAUUGUUCAUUACCAUCUAUAGACUUAUGUACGAUAACAACGUCAUCUCACUCAUACUUGCAGAAGAACAAAAAUGAAAUCUUAUCUCGAGUUAUUAAAGAUAGCACAAACAAGAGAAGCACUCAUGUAAAGGUAAAAUACUCGUUUUGCUUGUUGAAUGCAAGCUAACAUUGUAAGAGAUCGAAAAAUGUUUCCAAAGAUUCGAUGUUUGUAUUGUUAAAAUAAUUAACGACAAACGAGGCGUGGCCUAUAAGCUUCUGAAAAAUCACGCGUAGUAAAUGGCAUCGUUAAAGACAACCUCAAACUGUCCUUGACUUCGGAAACUACGUAGUAUUUCUAAGGAGUAGCCCUUUCCCCUGACGUUACGACGAAAACAAAUAGCCAAAUAAUACGAGGUUAGUCGUUCCUUGUUUCUAUCACGCACAUAAUCCAACCAUUCGAAGUGUAAAUAUAUAGGUAUAGAGGAAGGAAAUGUACGUUUGUGUGAGUGAGGUUAUGGUGGGGACCAGGUGGGAGAUUGUGCCAGAAAUCUCGUCGUUGCCUCCCCGAUCAAUACUCGGAUUUUGCUUGUUUUUUCCACAAAAAUCCGUUAAAUAGCGAUAACUGUGUCAUUGAAUGAUAGUUUAUGGUACGAGGAACACGAUGGUAUGAGUAGCUGUUGAAUAAAUGAUGGAAUAAAUAUAGAAAUCAUGAGUCGAAAGAAAAUGCGCAUUAGGUGCCGGUUGCCGGCGUAACUUCUCGAACAUUCAGUACUGCGACGCCGCACGGCUAUAUAAGAGGGCCGGCCGGCUUGGCUCGGCGCAUUCGUAAAUAAACUUUCGUUCAGUUCAGACGCAGCGAACACCCGAAGACCCACCAACCAGUGAACAUACCUCUACUUCUUUUACGUGGUCCACGAGGCUGCUGACAACACGACGAGAAAAUGUAGACGAGACGGAUUCGGUGCGGAGCGCGACAGUUUACCUGAACCCUACGGGGUCGGUGCUUGAACAAUCCGUACGCAACCAUAAUCUGGUCAGAUUAGAGUUCGAAAUUUCCUCACACAUUUUGAACUAUUUGAGAAGAGCACCUCGAGAUACAGGCAUUAGUUUAGAGCAGACUCGUAGUUUGAGGUCGAGAAUAAAUCGUCGGCACCAUCUUGUCUAAACGAAUACUCUACUACAAGGGCACACGGAACGUUGGAAUUGAGAACAAAAAAUAAGUAUACCGAAUCAAAUAGAACGGGGAAAAGAUACAAAAACAAUAGAAAAACAAAACAAAAGAAGGCUAGGAAGAGAA